AUGCACCCCAGUGCGAUGCUUCGCGCCCAGAAGAGCGAGGAAGAUGGCUUUGGAGAAGAGGCACCAUUGGCAUCAUCGUCUUUCGUCGACGACAAGGCCCGUGUAUCAAGGUCGCCGAGCAGACGACGCGACAGUGUCUCCAGCGCGACGUUGGGCUUCGAUGAUUUGAAUGACUUCUGUGCACCAGCCUCUCUCCAGGCGACUGAACAGACUCUUCGCACAUUGCGAAGGUGCAUUUUACGUUAUGGCGCUACUUCAAGCGGUGCCAUCGACCCAUAUGUGCAGGAGUUGCUUGGACCGGCCAAGGCUAGAGCCGUGAUGGCAGACGAGAGUCGUCUGAAGAUGCUUGUGGAGUCAGCCGAUGCAGAUCUCAGGACUGACGAGGUUGGACACAAAGCCAGGGGACUUUUCAGAAAAGUUCAUGCUGCAAUGAAGUUGAAGAAGCAGGAGGAAGCUCCUCAAGAUGAUGCGAGGGAGGUUGACGAGCUUGCCGAACACCCGCCAGAUGAUACGGUCAAGAGGACGAAGCGGAGCUCGCGUCGCGAGUCCCGCCGCCGCUCUUCACAAGAGGCGACGAAAGUGGCUGGAGCACCCAAAAGUCCGAAGAAAGCACGCCGUGUAUCUGCUGCUGGGCAGGACAAAGUGGAGCUCCCACCGUUGUCUCCUUCCAAGAAGAAAGGCUGA